AUGUUGUCCCGCAUGUUAUUCACCCUCAUCAACAACCUCCGAGUCAUUGAGAAGCUGGCGGAGUCCCGGCCGAUCCGCAGGGCGGCGCAGAUCACGGCCUACGCCAUCACAAAGGCUCAGAUCGCCGGACGGGACGCCUCGGAGCGGGUCAUGCGGUCCCAGACGAUGCGGCAGGUCCAGCAGGAGGCCGGAAGAGUCCCCGGUGACCUGGGAGACGUCGGCGGCCGCCUCAAGAAAAUCCGAGACACAUUUGUGAGUGAAGUGAAGGAGGGGUGGAAGGACGGCUCCAGGCAAAUAAAGAAAUAAACCGGCCCGACUGUCGGAGACUCGAGUCAUUUACAGCCAUCACGCACUGUUGUCAUGUGGGAUCCUGGUUGACUCAAAGCAGUCUGCACGGAGCAGGCAAACACGAAUCCUACCAUGUCCGUCUGAGUUGUUAUUAAAGUUUAUAACUGAUGCCAAACCUGUGAAUGUCAUGAUUUGACAUGAGAAGAUUCAACGUGUAAGACACACAGACUGUCACUUAAUAACUCGGCACUGCUGGAACAUAUUUGUCCUCUAAUGAUGGAAAUGAUUAUUUUAUUAGGUUAAUAAUUAAGUGAGGUGAAGCAGUUGGAAUUCUGAUAGUCUUACAACAGUAUAUUUGUAUUUUUGAGGGUAUGGUGUAUUUAAUCCCUCCUAAUAAUUCAUACUGUAACACUGGCUAAUUGUCAAUGAACAGAUCUACAACAUUUUGAAUGUUUGUUACUUUGCUUCUUAUAGAAUGUACUUUCAGAGUUUUUGGACAGUCAGUUAAAGAAAAAUGACUUUUCAGUUGACCUCAUUUGAUUGUGCAAAUUUGUGUUUGGAUGGAAAUGACUCCUGCCAUAAUAGACCAAGAAUGAAAACCUACUCUAAGGUCGACCUGCUUACACAGACCUAAACCCACAGUCCUGGUUUCACCAUAUAAUCCAUAAUAUCCUUUUUGUGUAUGUACAUAUGUACACAGAUUAUAGACUUCUUUACAGAGCACAUAUGUAACAGGUUAUGGGAAUAUUGUUACUGGUAGUUUGAUCUGUGACUAGCCAUAAUAUACUACAGUAACUUAGA